AACAUUCGAGUAGAGCAAAGCACCAAGUAAACAUUGUUUUUGUGGGAAAAUGGCGGAAGUUGACUUGAUAAUUGGUGUUUUGAUCAUUUUUGUUGUAUUUCUAUUACUUCUAACAAUUAUUGCAUUGCUUUAUGUAUCUGGGCUUUUCCACACUAUUGAAAUAGGCACAGGAAAACCACCAAUAGGACAAGUCACUAUAGCAUACAAGUUUGUUCGAGGACCUUACAAAGAUUCUGGACAAUUUUUUACAGAACUUUCAAGUCAUUUGAAACCAGAACAACACUGUUUAGGCAUUUUCUAUGACGACCCGAAAGUGGUACCAAAAGAUGAAUGCCGAUAUGCAGUUGGUGGGAUGAUAGCUAAGAACGAUGAUACUCCAGAUGAAGAACAAAAGAAAUACCUUAUUGGCGAAGGAUACAAAAUAUUUAAAUUGCCUACAGUCUCCUAUGCUGUUAAAACAGAUUUUCCAUACAUAAGCUACAUGUCGAUAAUUCUUGCAGUGUUUAGAGUUUAUCCUAAACUUUCAAAAUAUGUUAAGGAAAAGAAAUUAUGCGCCCAUCCAUUUCUAGAAAUAUAUGAAGAUUCAAAAAUCCAUUUUAUGGCACCAUUAGCCAAACAGAAUGAGUUUUACGUGGAAGAGGCAGCAGAAGUAACCAUGGAAGAUGGAGAGGAUCUUGAUGAUUCAAUGUCAGCAGACAACAGCUCAUACGGAGGAAGUGUAUCUCGCAGUGAAUUCUCCGUGGCAACGAGUUAUAUGGGAAGUAUAAUUGAGGAUUCUGAUGAUGAAGAUGAGGAUCUUUUGAGAUUGGAUGAAGUUAAGGAAGAACCAUCAGAAACACCUAUUAAAGAAAUAGAUGUAAAUGAUUCUGCCGAUUCUGCUGAAAGGGAGGUUACUCUUGAUGAUAUUCAGAAAGUUGUCUUGCCAGAGUUGUCUUUACCUGAAGAUAUCACAACAAGCAUGGCCAGCUUUCCUGAUUCUGGUUUUAGCUCUGAACAAGUUAUAUCCCCUGAAAUUAGUCCCAUGAAAAAGGAGGAAGUUGCUGAUGCCAAGAUUGGCGAUGUUCAAAACUUAAAUGCCAUGAAAAUAGAUUCCAUGAAAAAAGAGCCUAGUCAAGAAUCUUUAGAUGGAAAUGAUUCUUCUUCCUCAUUUGAAGUUAUAGAUGAUAAAACUGAGUUGUGAUUAAUGUUUAUUAAUUGUUUAUUUUGUUGAUUUGGGAACAUGAUUUAUGUACUGGUUGAUUAAUUUAUGCAUUGAUUUCAUUUUGUUUACACAUUUUUAUGUAUUUUUUUUUGGAAAUUUGAAAGAAAUAAGAUUAAAAUUGUAAACUAUUAUUAAGGAACAUGUUUGUUGCAAGAUCUUUUGAAGUAUCCACAAAAAAAUAAGAUCUGUAUUGUACUACCGGUAAUACAUAUAUAUGUUCACAUCAGAGGAUUAUUGUGGUAAAUUCUGCCAGAGUUUGUAUCAAAUGUAUUCUUUUCCCUUUGUUUAUUAACUUUUUUUUAUGUACAAUAACAUUAUACAGAAGCAGGGUAUCAAAAAUUUGAUUUGGGCAGGCACUUGAGUAUGUUAAAAUGUAGCUUUUUGAAAGAAUAGAAAAGAAAUAAUCUUGUUAAGUAUGAUACAAUGUAGCAUUGGUCCUAUCAAAGUCCUUAUAUUGCAGACAUUUAGACCAAAGGUGUUAAGAUUUUGUCAUGAUUCCAUUCAUAUUUGAAAUGAAGUGCAUUCAUAGUUAAAACACAGUGCAUCCCUUGUUCAAAUAAAGUGCAUUCAAAGUUAAAAUAAAGUUACCAAAUUUUGAGUGCUGUGUCUUCCUGUUUGAGAAAAAAAGUAUGUUCAAGAUUACUUAUUAGUAAAUUAUAAUCAUAAUAAUAGAUAUGUACAUGUAACAUAUGUUAUUAUUAGGUAGUAGUCGGAAAAGAUAUAUAGGGCAAGGUUUUUAAAAGAGAUAAAUUUUUAAAAGAAAAAUGAGAAUACCUUUUUUUUCUUAUAUUCAAUUAAAGUGUAAAAAAAGUGGUUGAUUUGCAAUAAUAUCAAAGUAAUAUUAGUUGAAUAAAUGUAAAUGUAUGGGCUUAAGCUACAUUGUACCUACCUUGAUCAAAUCACAGAUUCAGUGAGUCAUGAAUUAUUCUUUUAUAUUUCUGAAUUAUUUUAUAACAUGCCUGGCCAGAAGUUAGAAACCUUGUUAUUGGUGUUCCUUGUCAUAUUGUGAUGUGAUUUUUGUCAUUUGGGGUAAUUUUGUGUUUAUGGUACAUGCAAAUUGUUGAUAGUUUCUGCUAGAUUACUUUUUCCAAGACUCAAUGAUUAAGAGCUUGAUUUAUUGUAUAGACACCUGUUGUGUGUUGACCUCUAGAUGUGUAUCUAAUUGUUUUUGUGUUGCUCAGUUGUUGUCUGAUUUAUGUUGGUCCCAUUGCAACAUCUUCUUUUAUUUAUAUUUGAAUAAUAACAUUAGAUAAUAUCUUUGAUAUUUCCAGAUUUGAUACUUGAUUAGUACUGAAAAAUAAAAUAAGCAAAUUGUCAAAGAAUGCUCUUUUGUAUGCUAAAUUAACAAUGGUUUUCUACCCUAAUUUUUUCCUCAAGACUAAGAGGAUGUUAUUUAUGCAUGAUUAUAUUCAGUUUAAUUUAUGGUCUUUGAAAUUAUGAUAAAUAAGAUUACCUCCCCAUUCCCCAACAUGGUUUUAAAACAUAUCUACUAUUAACAGAUCAACAUUAAGUUCAAGUGCCAUGUUGUAUUUUCAUUUAUUAAGUGUUGUGGCAGUAAGAUAUUUUUUGCAGAACAGUUGUUUGCAAGAGGGUAAAAAAGCUUAUCAUUCUGACAUUGUUUUAUACCAUUCUAUAAGUUAUUACAGGGAGUGCAAAAAAAAAUUCUCUUGUUUUGAUUUCGAAGUAUAUAUGUUUAAUAACCUUUCGCCUCUUCCAUCACAAUUUGCAAUCUCAUAUUAAUAGUCAGGGACAGAUCCAGCCAUUUUAAAAAGGGGGGUUCCUAACCCAGGACAAAGAGAGGUUCCAACCCCACCCCCUUGGAUCCACCACUGAUAGUCACUGGCUAGUUACCUGGUUUGUUUAUUUCAGACAUUGUUCCCUACCUAUGUAUUUGGAGAACACACAUUGAAUUUAGAUGUAUAUUCUCUAGAUCCUAUUUAUACCCUUAUCCAUGAAAUUAUUUUGUGUAUGUGUAUCCUAAAACUUGUGAAGAUGGCCAUGUUAUUCAAAAUUACACACUAGUUGUAAAAGAUGGUGAAGGUGCAUAAAUAUAUCUGUUCUACUUUUAAUUGUGGACAAAGAGAGAUAACCCAACUCAAAAUUUCAGCUUCAUUUGUUUCUUUGCUUGAUACUAUGUAUUGUUUUAUCAUAUGUUCACAGAUCAUGAUUAAAGAAUUCUUUUCAGCCUGGGCACUUACAAGCACUUUGAAGUUCUUUUGGUAUCAUUAACUGUUUAUUAUUUUUCAAUUAAUUAUUUAGAUUUAUAUAUAUAUAUAAGAUUGUAUUUCAUAUUAUAUGUCUAGCAUUUAGUAUACUUGGUAUGUGGAUUAUUUUUCAUAUGGGUUUACAUGUUUUAUUAUAGAUGUACAUGUAUUGACAUUUAUCCUCACCAAGUAUUUGUUAUUAUAGCCUUUAUCCUAUUUUUGUGAUUGUUUUAUAUAUAAAAGAAUUCUGGAAAUUCACAUUAAUUUUAUUGCUAUACAUGUUCCAAAUAGAUAUAUUUGAUAAAUAUGGGAAAUUUUGGAGUAAAAAUAUUAUUCUUAAUUUUUGUCUUGAUUAAGUCAAACUUUGAAUAUUUUGCAUAUAUGUUUUACAUGUCAAACAAUCUAUCAUCAUCAAUGAGUAUUGCUAUUUUAAAAUCAACAUUUGCAAAUAACUAUCAAAAUUACAUACACAGUUAAGACAUGUCUCAAUGUCUAAAGAUUAUUUUUCCAGCAUUUUUCAAACAUGCUGCCAUGUCCAAAUAUAGGAAUUGUUAAUUGACAAUUUGUUUAGGUUUUGAAUUUUGAAAAUAUGAAUUUGUAAAUGAUAACUGAAUUUCUAAAGAUGUGAUAAAAUAUUAUGCAGUAGCUCUUAUGUUUAUGUGGGAUAAUGUGUGUUUUUGGAUAGCUAGAAGCUUUUCACAUUUUAUCUUGCAAAAUAAUAAAUGUUAAUUAUUUAUUUGAUGAAAUAGACAGUCUGGUUACAGACCAUACUUUUAUUCACACUUUCCUUGUUAUCCAAAGUAUCAGUUUGAUCAGUAGUAAGAAUUCAAAGUAAGAAAAUUGUUAUUCUUUAAUAACAAAAGUUGUUCUAAUUCUGAAUUUAAAAGUGAAGGAACAUCAGAUAAUAAAUACAAAGUACCGGUAUUAUGUUAUUUGAAAAUAUAAAUUGAAAUACUGUUUCAAUAGAUUCAGAAAUCAUGCAAAGAUAAUACCUUGAGUAAAUAAGUAAAUAUUUUAAAUUGAAAUUCUUUGUUAACUGGAAACCUGUCUAAAUUGAACUCCUAUGUAUCAGGAACACAUUAUUAUUUAACAAGUGUAUAUUUAUUCACAGGUUUCUACCAUCAGGUGCUUCUAUACUUCAGAGAUUUUAUUUUAAACUAGUCAAAAGCUAUGCUUUUAGAAUUUACUUUAAAUCAAAAUUAAUAACAAUUACAAAUUGAUCUGUUGAUAAUUAGUUACCAUUUUGAGUUCAUUAUAAUAUAUACCAAUUGUUACUUAAUUAUUUAAUUUUGGAAUAAAAUGAUUAAAAUUAA